CACGCAUGCGCAAUAGACCUUAGGGUCACUUUCGGUUCAGUGAGGCUGAGGGCCGCUGGAAAUUGCGGGGAAGUAGGUUGAAGAUGUCAUACUAUUCAUCAUCCCGCAGCAUAGAUUGCAAGGUCUAUGUUGGAGACCUUGGCAACGGUGCUGCCAAGGGGGAGCUAGAGCGGGCCUUCAGUUAUUACGGCCCUUUGCGCAGCGUCUGGGUGGCAAGAAAUCCACCAGGCUUUGCCUUUGUCGAGUAUGAAGAUGCACGAGAUGCAGAGGAUGCAGUGAAAGGAAUGGAUGGCAAAGUGCUCUGCGGGACCCGAGUCCGAGUAGAGAUGUCUACUGGCUUGUCACGGAAAACACGAUAUGGGCGGCCAAGCCGUCGACACUUUGACCCAAAUGAUCGUUGCUACCAGUGUGGAGAUCGGGGCCACUAUGCAUAUGAUUGCUAUCGCUUCAGCAAGAGAGGAGGAAGCCGGCGAAGCAGGUCUCGCUCACGAUCCCGGUCGCGGUCACGGUCCCGUUCCAGGUCUCGGGGGCGUCGUCAUCGCUCUCGUAGCCGCAGCAAUGAUCGCAGGUACCGCUCCCCAUCCUAUUCCAGGCAUAGGAGUAGAUCUGGUUCUCCUGCUCGAUCCAAGUCCAGAACUCCAGUGAGGAGUCGUUCCAGGUCUCGAUCUCGUUCCCGCUCCCGUUCCCGUUCAGCUUCCCGACCCAGGGGGCGUUCAGUUUCCCGUUCCCGCUCUCGCUCCAGGUCCCGUUCACCCAGUCCUAAAAAGGACAGGUCACCCAUCCAAGAAUGACCUGGCCAGACCUUGCUUAGCUUCAGAGACGUGCACAAAGCUGAUGCAAUCAGACUCCAAGAGGCGAUGUUUGUAUGAAGGCUGGAGGGGCUUUUUUUCCCUUCUUCAUCCCUCAGAUCCAGCCUCAUUUGAUUAGCUUCAGAGAGAAAGCAAAAACCAAAAGAAAAUUUUGACACUAUCAGACUCCACUGAUGAAUGGCUGCAGGCUUUUGUAGAUGGGGGAGUCGACCGGCGCAAGCACUGACCAGGUUCAUCCUUGCUGUUUUAACUUCCGAGAGGGGGAAAAAAGCUGACCAGAGAUCAGUCUCCGCUGCAGGGGUUAAAGAGGUCGCCCGGCGCACUUUCCAACAAGACACUUCCUGCGCGUGCAAACCAUUGUUCUACAUCCCCUACCUGACCCUUGCAUUCUCCAUCGGAAUGCUGCUCUGAGAUCAGUUGUUAAUAUCCCCGCCCCCUUCAAAGCUCCAGCCUCUUGCUUAGCUUCUGAGUGAGAGGUGGAGGAGAGCUGACGAGAGAUCAGACUUCAAGACCUCCAGUGUGUCUUCAAGUUCUCGCGUCCGUCACGUCUCUGUUCAUGUUGUUUCUGCCACUGUCUCCAAAGGUAACGAACAAACCAGAGUCAAUGUGUUUUUGUUGAGAACCCAGCCCUUUACUGAUUGUAAUUCUUCAAAAGCUCUUUAACACUCAAGAAUUCGUUAUGCCACCAUUCCUGUUUGAUUUGUUUUUAUGUAGCUUUGUUUUGUGGGUAUGAGUAUAGUCCAGUGAUUAUUCUAUUUGAAUGGGGACAUGGGAGGGUAAUGGGUCAGUUGUAUGGCUGACUAAGUUUUAUACCUCUUUGCUCUCGGUGGUUAUGGUCUCGUUUUGCCGUUAAUACUCUUGGAGGCUGUAUGUUGUAAGCUGUUCUUAAUCAUAUCUUGUCUUGAAAUUGAUUUGUAGUGUUGAAUUUGUUGGGCUUCCUCUCUUGGGUUCUGAAUCAGUGUCUGGAGCUGUCCAAUCCCAGAAGUGUGUGCUCUCCAAAUGCCAGGUCUGCAGGCUUCAUAGGACUAAAGGCUUGUUGGAGGCAGUCAGAAUUCUUUUUCUUUUUUUCUUUUUUUCCCUCCAACUUUUGAGGUGUGUUUGGGGUGGGCAUUGAAUUAUGUUGCACUUCUCAGAAACCUUAGCUUACCUUGCACUUAGCUUCUUCUACUUAGUGAUACAGGGCAUUUAUCACACCACAGAUGGCUUGUGACACUUGUGCACUCUCUGGGGUUCGCUCUUGUAUUGUGAAGCUUUAAGUUUAUGCAUGUACCUUUUAAAAGGGCUUGCCAGUCCCGCCUCCAUGUUCAGACGUGUGUCUUGUUUUGUCCUGGAAUCCUUUACAUAAUAUGUAUUUAUUUCUGUGAUUUGGAAUAGGCUGUUGUAGUUGGACUUGGUGGGACAUGUAUGAGGCAAGGUCAGCUGAUCUGAGUUUUGUGGUGAGAAAGGCUGUGAAUGUUUUUUCUGCUGCAAUCAUGUGAACACCUCUUUCUCUCUGUUUCAGCCGCUCCAGGUCUCCCAGCCAGAAAAAGAGCCCCACUCCUGCUGCAGACUGACCGGAGAGGAUGCCCCUACACCACACACUCAUCCUCAUGCAAACACAAACAUGCACCCUUUUCAUCCCUUUAAUCUUUUCCCUUCAAGAUUUUUUUUUUUUUUUUUUUUUUUUUUUUUUUAAGGUUCCAGAUUUAAGAUGAACUGUUUUGAAUUUUGCAGUACUCAGCCUUCCAUCUGACACAGCACAUUCCAGAAUUGCUUGGUCUGACUGCCUGAUUUUACUUUUUUUUAAAUUUUUUUUUUCUCCCCCCUCUCCAGAUAUAGUACUGAAUAUUUAAUUUUUGAUCUAUGAUGUACUGGGUAGAUAAAUUUAAAACUGGGAAUAGGCCUUUUCGUACAUUUGAGUUUUUCAGAAGGACUUUGUGCUGUUAAGUUCUAUGACUGAGUGGACAUUAAAAGUGUACAUGAGCUGUUAAUUUUUUUAAAGCAAAUUUCUGUAUUUUAUGAUUUGCUUCCCGAGGUAAUUUUUUAAAAUAAACAUGUAUACACACCAAAGUUCAUUCACGAUGUACCUUCUUUUCCACUAUGUUCACAUGGCCUGCAUUCUAUAGGUGACUUUGGAGUUAAGGUUUAUGUUUAUAUUUGCAAAAUAACAUCUGUGGGGGGGGUGUGACUCGCUAUCACUUAUGGAACAUUUUAUGAAUGUUUUUACAGGUAUAUCUGGAAUGUUUGAAUGG